CCACAGCCGCGGGGCGGCGGGGAAGUUUCCUCGGGUCGGGCCGAGGCGGGCUGUGCGGUGGCUCAGCGGCAGGGCCGAGCGGAGUCUGGCAGGGCCGUGGCGGUCCUGGGAGGCGCCGCUGCUGCCGCCAUGGAUGAGGCGGAUCCGAGCGAGCGCAGCCCUUUGCUGGGCAGCGGGGAGCGCGGGCGGGCGGCGAGCGACGCUUUCCGCGGGCGGCGGGUGGCGUGCGGCGCCGUGCUACUGGCCGAGCUGCUGGAGCGGGCGGCCUUCUAUGGCGUCACCUCCAACCUGGUGCUGUUCCUCAACGGGCCGCCCUACGGCUGGGAGGGCGCCCAGGCCAGCCAGGCCCUGCUGCUCUUCAUGGGCAUCACCUACCUGGUGUCGCCCUUCGGCGGCUGGCUGGCUGAUGCCCUGCUAGGCAAGUUCGGCACCAUCCUGCUCAGCAUGGCGCUCUACCUGCUGGGCAUGCUGGCCUUCCCUGUCAUCGCUGCGCCGCACACCCGGCAGGGCCUCUGCGGGGACAUCCCCUUGUUCCCCGUGGAGAACUGCUCUUCUCCGGCAGUCAAUGCCACCCCUGUGCCCUGCGCCCAAGCAGGAGCCACCCGCUACUGUGCCACUGCCACCUUCGUGGGACUAGUCCUCGUGGGGCUGGGCGUCGGGUCGGUCAAGGCCAACAUCACCCCUUUUGGGGCGGACCAGGUCAAAGAUCGGGGUCCAGAAGCUACAAGAAGAUUUUUUAAUUGGUUUUACUGGAGCAUAAAUUUGGGAGCUAUUCUCUCUCUGGGAGGCAUUGCAUACAUUCAGCAGAAUGUGAGCUUUGUUAUUGGAUAUAGUAUCCCAACAGUUUGCAUUGGGAUUUCAUUCAUGGUUUUCUUAUGUGGUCAAAGUUUCUUCAUCACAAAACCACCUGAUGGUAGUGCCUUCACAGACAUGUUUAAAAUUCUCGCAUAUUCUUGUUGCUCAAGAAAGAGACAUAUGGAACGUUCAACAAAUAGCGAAGGCCAGGGAGUCCUUCAGCAACCUCAGAAGCAGAGCUUGUUUGAGAUGGCUAAGCUGUCUCGUGGAGGCCCAUUCAGAGAAGAUAAAGUUGAAGAUGUGAAGGCUCUUGUGAAGAUUAUCCCUGUCUUUUUGGCUUUAAUACCUUACUGGACAGUGUAUUUUCAAAUGCAGACAACAUAUGUAUUGCAAAGCCUUCAUCUGAAAAUUCCUGAAAUAGCAAAUGACACCAACUCUGUUCAUACGUUUCCAGCAGCCUGGUUGACUAUGUUUGAUGCAGUACUUAUUCUGGUCCUAAUACCCUUAAAAGAUAGAUUGGUGGACCCCAUUUUAAAGAGGAAUGGCUUGCUGCCAUCAUCACUGAAGAGGAUUGCAGUUGGAAUGUUCUUUGUGAUGUGUUCUGCAUUUGCUGCAGGAAUUCUGGAAAGCAACAGACUGAAAAUUGUAAAGGUUAAAACAAUUGAUCAGACAAUUGGAAAUGUUACAUACCAUGCUGCAGAUUUGCCAAUAUGGUGGCAGAUUCCUCAAUAUGUGCUGAUUGGAUUCAGUGAAAUAUUUGCAAGUAUAGCAGGUCUAGAAUUUGCAUAUUCAGCUGCUCCCAAAUCUAUGCAGAGUGCUAUUAUGGGGCUCUUCUUUUUCUUUUCGGGGAUUGGAUCAUUUUUUGGAUCUGGACUGUUGGCAUUGGUGUCUAUUAAAGAAAUUGGCUGGAUGAGUAAUCACACAGAUUUUGGUAACAUUAAUGGCUGCCAAUUAAACUAUUAUUUUUUCUUGCUUGCUGCCAUCCAAGGAGCAACCCUUUUGCUUUUCCUUAUUGUUUCUGUGAAAUAUGAUCAUCAAAAGUCAAAGACAAAUGAAGUAGCUGCCAAUGGGAGGAUCUGACAUCUGUUACAAAGCAGACUUUAUUACAGUAGCACACAAUGAGGUGACAGCGCACCCUGAGUCUGCGAGAUCUUGUUUUCUCCAGAGAGACUCUUACUAUACUUGUGUGUUACAAAAGUUCUCGCCUCUGCCCCCUCUCAUGUAACGUAGGUAAGUGCCUUAUGUUGGCGGGGCUUGUUUCUUGCACUAUGUCCUGGCAAAGGACAAACAUAAAUCUUGGAAGUGUAUUAACUCUAGGCAUUCAAGUUGCUCUUUGUUAAUCAUGAGAUGUUUACUAAACUCUUGAAAGCUGGGACAUUAGGCUUGGAAAUUGAUUAUAACGAGUCACAUGUGACAUGGUUCAGCCCUGACUGAAAAACUUUGCUUAAUGAAACACAAUGGAUAUACAGAAACACUCAACUCCCUCAAGCUUACAUUGAGGACACAUAGGAAAGAAAACAUUUCACAGGAACCUUAAGUAGUGGUUACAAGGACAAAUUAUAAAUCCUGGGAGCCUUGUUUUGGGGAGAAACAGGGACAAAUUAAAUUGCAGAUCAGCUGUGAUGGGGGAAAAAAAAAAAGUAGUUUUAUAAUUGACUUUCCAGUGGAAGUUAACUUGAACCCUGAAGUCCCAGCUUGCAGUCAAGAGAAUCCAGUACUGAAGACUGAAUUAUAUGUCACAGUAGCUUGCCAAAUAGCUGCUGUAAGUUUUGGUGCACAGUAAAGAAUUGAUAGCAGUGAAAUGGUUUUACUUCAGAAUUGUUGUUGAGUCUGCGUAAGAUGUAUUAGAAUGAAAUGGAAGCAUACAUCUUUUGACAAAGUGUUGCUCAGUCUAAUGCUGUUACUUCCCUAAGGACUGUUUUAAAUAUUUGCAGAAAGAACUGAGAUUGAAUUCUCAGAAGAUGAAUGCACAAUAACAAUUUAGAAGCCUUUCAAUCCAGUUCCUUCAGUCCUGUGUUGUAGUUCUAGCUAACAUGCUACUGGUUUUGUAUCUUUCAGCAACACCUUCCUAUAGCAGAGCAAAUGGUUUUACAUUCAGCCUCUUGAAUUUUAAUGAUUUUAACAACUGAUUGUGUGCAGACUGGUAUGGAAGAUGAUACUUUGCAAGGAAUUAUGCAGAAAGAAAAUGAAAACUCAACUUUUUAUUAAUGUGUUGAAUUUUUAUAGUUUCUUGUCUCCAUUUGUGUUGUUAAAAUGUCCUUUUUUACAUGGACAUAUUUUUAAUGAGUUUACAAAAUAAAAUGAAAUUCCUUGCUGUGA